CAGGUGUAGGUAACAGGAAGUCAGUCAGAGUCAGGAGGAUCUGGGGAAAUCAACGGGGGGAAGGAAGGCGCCUCAAGGGAAUGGAUCUGGAGGGAGGAAUCGAAGAGGAGGCGGACGCUGAGGAGAACAUCACAGAGCUCAAUGGAAAGCUUGAGGUACUUAUCACAGAGAUGGAUGAAACAGAGUCGGAUACGACUCUAGAGAGAUCCCUGGAAGAUGUCACGGUGCUUGAUGAAGCUGCUCAACCGCACGUUGGAGAUGACAUUGGAAGGGACUAUGACUUUGCCAUGGAUGUAGCCGGAGGAGCCAGGCCUAAGAUCAAAGAGCAGCUCCAAGGAAGGCCUGAAGAAUUGAUUCAGCCACCUACAGAAGACCUGAUAGGAAACACAGAGCACGUUGGGGCAGGCCAGGAAGUGCUUGGGAGUUGGUCAAGAGGAACCCACAAGAAGAUCCUGAGGCAGGUUGGGAGAUCUUGGGGAGAUGUCGCAGAGAAUGCUGGGAAGGUCCAUGGAAAGGUGGCAGGGCAGAACAGCCAAGAUCAAGAAGCAGGGCUCAAGCUAGUCAGGGACUUGUUGGGGGUCGUCACCAGAUCCGACCUUCCUCUUGAGGAAAAGCUGGAGCUGGAGUUUGUGACCCUUCAGUUCAUGAUGGGAGGCAAUGUCCACUUGCUUGGGGAGCUCCAAAGCCAAGCGGUGGUGGACGACUUUCGCCAGGAAGUGUUUGCAAAAUUCCCCAUACCAGCCUUCCAUGUGACUAGCUCGGUGAUCUGCUGUGAUCAAGCAGAAAGUCAAAGGCCUGAAAGGACCCUGCUCUCCAAUGAAAAUGGCUGCUCCAGGCAACAAGAAAGGAUCUACUCCCAGCUUAUCUUCUUCCUGUGCAGAGCCCCUUUCCUAAAGUCCUGGGACCAAUUGGACCGACUGGCAGAAAUGCUACACAAGCUGAAGAACUGCAUCUACUAUAAUCCAGUGGCUUUGGUUGGGGUCAUUGUGCAGGUGGAUCCAGAUCCGGGUUUGGAUGCGGAACAGGAAGCUCGAGCACGCCGUUGGCUAAGGUGUUUGCUAGAUGGAUUCUUCUGCUCGGACUUAUUGUUAGAUCAGGAUGGGACAGAGCCAGAGGUUCAGGUUCAGGUAGCUGUCUAUCAGUCAGGCCAGCCAGAGAGAGCGUUAGAAGUCAAGAGGGCAGCAUGCCAGGCAAUACGGGCAGCCCUAAAGUUCUGAACAGGCAACACUGAUGGCCACUCUGAUCAUAUCAGCUCGUCAGUAACACACAAGUUCUCGCUCGUCACUGGAACAUCAUUUAAAAUUCAGAUUAUUCCCUCCA